ACCUGUUUCACAGGUUUCUCAGGAGGGAGGAUAACAUGUGACAACACACAGAAGCAGAGUACUGGAGAAGAUCAGAAGCUUGCAUGAGUGAGCUUAGCCUUCCAAAAUAUAUCCUCAAAGCUGUCCAAAAGACUACUGACUUUUCCAACAGACAGCACCAUGGUGGAGCAAGAGAUGCUGCUGUCCUGUGCUUAUCCUCAAGAAAAGUGUUAUUCGGCAAUAGUUAUGAACUCCCGUUUACGGGCCUUAGGUGGGAGGAUAAAUAACAUACGAGCGUCAGAACUACCAAAAGAGAAGACCCGGUCGGAGAUAAUCUGUAACGUCCACUUUUUGGAUGGCUCAGUACAAAGCUUCAAAGUUAAUAAACAAGACACUGGACAGAUUCUGUUGGAUAUGACCUAUAACCAGUUGGGUGUGACAGAGAAGGAAUAUUUUGGUUUACAGCAAAAUGAAACUUCAAUAGAUUCACCUUUUUUCAUUUCACAGCGAUGGCUUGAACCAAACAAACCUAUUAGGAAACAGUUAAAAGGAGGCUUUCCCUGCACCCUUCGUUUUCGUGUAAGGUUUUUUAUACCUGAUCCUAACACACUUCAGCAAGAACAAACCAGGCACUUAUUCUUCCUGCAGCUGAAGACUGAUAUUGUGGAAGGAAGGUUGUCGUGCCCCAUUAAUUCUGCAGUUGUUUUGGCAUCGUAUGCAGUACAAUCACAUCUUGGAGACUAUAAUGCUGCAGUUCAUCAUCCAGGGUAUCUGUCAAAUUACAGCUUUAUACCAGAGCAGAACAAAGAUUUUCUUACCAAAGUAGAAUCGCUACAUGAGCAGCACAGUGGCCUCAAGCAAUCUGAAGCAGAGUCCUGCUACAUAAAUAUAGCACGAACACUUGAAUUCUAUGGAGUAGAAUUGCACAGUGGUAGAGAUCUCCAUAAUUUAGAUCUCAUGAUUGGGAUUGCAUCUGGUGGGAUUGCUGUAUAUAGAAAACUCAUCUGCACAAGCUUCUACCCCUGGGUAAAUAUAUUAAAAAUUUCCUUUAAAAGGAAAAAGUUUUUUAUACAACAGCGACAAAAACAUAAUGAAUCCAGAGAGCAUAUUGUUGCCUUCAACAUGUUAAAUUACAGAGCAUGCAAAAAUCUUUGGAAAUCUUGUGUAGAGCAUCACACAUUUUUUCAGGCAAAGAAGUCACUACCUCAUGAAAGAAAGAUACUGUCAAAUUAUUGGACCCUGGGUUCUAGAAAUCCAGCAAAGUCUGUAAACAGCCAGUACUGCAGAAAAGUUAUAGGUGGGAUGGUUUGGAACCCAUCUAUGAGACGAUCUUUAUCUGUUGAGCAUCUAGAGACCAAAAGCCUUCCUUCUCGAUCACCUCCUGUUACCCCUAAUUGGCGGAGUCCUAGACUACGUCAUGAAAUUCGUAAACCACGACACUCAUCUGUAGAUAACCUUACAAAUGAGAUUAGUUACAUUACUGAAACAGAGGAUGUUUUUUAUACAUAUAAGGGCUCUCCAACCUCAAAGGACAGUGAUUCGGAGUUCUCUCAAAACCGUAGUCCACAGAGGAGGUCAUCUGAACAAGAAUCACCAAAGAACGUAUUGGGAAACAGUCCAACACGGAGUUCUCUGUCUCGUAUCUCACCUAAAGCCUUGGUUCAGUCUCCCAAUGGAGUUGGUAACAUUUCUGGCUCUUACCCAUUGGAAGGGGUGGAUAAACAGUUCUUAGAAACAUACGACAUUACAAAAAGUAGCUCAAUUGAAGAUUCCAGUCAGUACUACUGUGAUAAGAAUGACCUAAUUGAGGGAGAUUUACUUUUGGUGCGUAUCAUACCAGAUGAAGAUGGGAAGUUUGGAUUUAAUCUAAAGGGUGGUGUAGAUCAAAAAAUGCCAUUAGUGGUAUCAAGGAUAACUCCAGGAUCACCUGCUGAUAAAUGCAUUCCAAAACUGAAUGAAGGUGAUCAGAUAGUAUUAAUUAAUGGCCGAGAUAUCUCAGAGCACACGCAUGACCAGGUGGUCAUGUUCAUAAAAGCCAGCAGAGAAUCUCACACAAGAGAGCUUGCACUUUUGGUCAGGCGGAAAGUAGUUAAACAGUUUGUGGAACCUAAAUCAGAAGACGAAGCUGAUUCCCACAAUCUCCCAGAAUCUCUGCUUCCUAUCUGUUCUGAAUAUGGUGGUGAUACAUUGGAGGACUCUAUGGAGCAGCUAAAAAGAGGGCUAGAAAGUGGGACUGUUCUUAUUCAGUUUGAGCAACUUUAUAGAAAGAAGCCAGGUUUGGCUGUUACAUGUGCAAAGGUACCUCAGAAUAUGGACAAGAAUAGAUAUAAAGAUGUUCUACCUUAUGAUGCCACAAGGAUAAUUUUGCAAGGAGAUGAAGAUUACAUUAACGCGAAUUACGUGAAUAUGGAAAUACCUUCUGUAGGCAUUGUGAACAGGUACAUUGCUACUCAGGGGCCUCUUCCGCACACAUGUGCACACUUCUGGCAAGUAGUCUGGGAUCACAAGUUGUCGCUGAUCAUCAUGUUAACAACUCUCACUGAACGAGGACGGACCAAAUGUCAUCAGUACUGGCCUGAUCCGCCAGAUGUAAUGGAGUACGGCAGUUUUCGUGUCAGAUGCCAUUCUGAAGAUUGUACGAUUGCUUAUGUUGUUAGAGAAAUGAUGAUUACAAACAUUGAGACAGAACAACACCACACAGUCACCCAUCUCCAAUAUGUUGCUUGGCCUGAUCAUGGUGUUCCUGAUGACUCAAUGGACUUCUUGGAGUUUGUGACGUGUAUGAGGCCAAAGAGAGUAAAGAAUGAGCCUGUCCUUGUUCACUGCAGCGCUGGAAUCGGUCGCACUGGUGUAUUGGUCACUAUGGAAACAGCCAUGUGCUUAAUUGAAAGGAACCAACCUGUUUAUCCCCUGGAUAUUGUACGAAAAAUGCGAGACCAGCGAGCUAUGAUGGUGCAAACAUCAAGUCAAUACAAAUUCGUUUGUGAAGCUAUUCUUCGUGUUUACAAAGAAGGAUUGGUUCGACCACUGGAUUCCAGUUAGCACAGUACUGAAGGAUGAAUUAUUUUUUUCAUUAAAAACACUGUUCUUUGAGUAAAGCAAGGGCUUGUUUCUGAAAGCAACUAGAAUGGACUUGGGAAGCCCAUGAAAAGACAUGAGCACAUUUGAACUGUGGCACUUUAUAUUUCUCAAGAAGAUUGCUAAAUCAUGUACAGCGUAAUGAAGUCAUGUAGAUAAACAUAUGACAGCAACUGUGUGUAAUAUGCUUUGUUCACAUAGACAACCAUAAACAAUCAUGGGAACCUUAAUACGUAUCUUUUACUGCCUUAAAACAACAUUCACUUUGAAAGUUAAAAAGGUCCUUGUGUUUCCUUUGAAACAGCAAAAAGAAAACUCACAGUAUUGAAAUUAUUCAGCUAAGGUAUUUAAUAUCUUUGUAUGAAAGUUCAUUGGAGGUGAAUAUUUAAACUUUCUUGCUGGGACACUAGAUAUUCACGGAAAUGUAACCUUGACUGCUAAAAGGUUGAUGAAGAGCUUUAAAGGCUAAUGUGUAAGUACUGUACAUUAAGAGCUGGACAAAUUAAGUAUUCAGUUACCAUAAACCUAUUAGUAAAUAUACCAGCUGUUAUAAUAUGCUUCUUAGAAAUCACAUCUACUGUAUGUGAUGUGAAAAUAAUGCUGCAUUUAAGCAUUUAUGCAGAUGGUACUGUCUUACAUCUUCUGUUGAUCAAUUUUAAUUGCAACUUGCCCUUUUAACAGUGACCUGCUUCAUACAGUUUUAGUUGUUUUAUUACUUAUCUUCUAUUUCUGCUAUCCAUCUCCUUUAUACGUGUUUAUCACUGCUGUUUUUUAUAUGUGGACUGAAAGCAUUUUAACUUAAAAGAGGUUUAAUUCUCUGUCACUUUUGUUUCCAUGUGUAUUUAUGAGUUCUCGGAUGUAAAUGUGGAUUAAUGUUGCACACAAGAUACUAGACUUUUGACUUACUGUAUAUGCAAAGUAGUCUAAUCCAAUACUGGAAGAAAAAUUACUACUGAACCCAUCAAAUACGUUGCUGCUAUUUCAAGGUGUGAAGCUUCCAAGGGCGCUGUUGUUGCUAGUGUUCAGAUGGUGAUAAAAUGUUGACUUGCUGCCCUUCAGCAAAAACUGCUCUUACCCAGUGAAACACAACUCCCUCUUGCAAGAGUUCUGCGGGUUUACUGUGUUUCUUGCUUUAUGGAAAUGCAGCUAAAUUCACAUGAAGAUUUACAAGGAAAGAGAAUGAAUUUGUGCAUUGAUAAAUAAUUCACCCUAAGGUACACUGGUCUCCAUUUCAUUUCAAAUGGGAGAAUUGGACUUUCUGAACAAUAUAACCACAUUUGUAUGAUGUUAAUUUAUUUUGUGUGUGCUUUUUGAUUACCCUGUCAUAGUACUUCAUUUUUGAAUAGUGUUUAAAAAAAUAUUCUAAGGGACUGUUUAAAACUCUGUUAUUUAAAAGAUUAGUCCUAAAUAAGGCAAAAUUUUUAUGGGGCAUAUUAGCCAUAUGUUUAUAUGUGUAUAAAAGAGAAAAUUAGAUAAUUUUCUUUUUAGAUAUAUAUACACACAUAAUCAGAUAUAUUUUAGAAUUAUGAUUUGUGUUAUGCAUAUUAUCAUUUAUAUCUGGAGUUUCAUUAUAGAAACUUCAACAACUGUACAGUAUACAUCUUUCAUGUUACCAGAAGGUUAUGUUUGUUCCCCAGGAGGCAGCUGAAAAGUGAACAUAGGAUGUGCUAAAUUGCUGAUUCUUGCCUUUCUGUCGGCUUGGUCUUUUCUUCAAUAUUACAUUGUUAGUUAUAGAUAAAGAUACCUGACUACUAUUUACUGAUCAGAAGAAUUUUAAUUGGAAUAUGCAGGGUAGCUUCAAAAUGGAAAGCUUCUUGAUUUUGUUAGGUUAUAGCAUGGAUAGGUUUGUGCUCAUUCUUAUAUACUGCAUUCCAAAUUUCACUUUCACUGAAGUUUUUGUAAUACUUUAGAUCAUUAUCCUCUUUCUUGAUUGGGCACAGACUGUAAGGCAAGAGACUAUAACUCUGUCUUGACUUAUUAAAGUGCAUCAGGUCAAUCUGUCUGUGACUCCAGGCAUAAAAUUAUACUGGACCUGCACAUGUAGCUUGGGAAGCUGUUUUUCAAAGAUGCAUAUGGAAAAGUGUUGGACAAGUGUAAGCCACCUGCUGCUGUUAGAGAGGGUAUUGAGCACUGAAAAAACUUCAUGGCUCUUUCCCACCCAAGAAGUAGUGGGCACUAAAGAGUCUGUUCCUGCUGGGUGUUUAACAAAAGUCUCCCUUUUGUUAUGUGUGUGCCUUGCUGUUAAAACAUCUCUUUUGUUUUCUUUUAUUUCUUUUUUUUCUUUUUUCAUUUUUUCUUUUUUUUUUCUUCUUUUUUCUUUUUUUUUUUCAAGUUUUAUUGUGCCCAGGUCUCAAAGUCAUCCCUUGCAGUUGGCAUGACUCGCAGUUAGCAUGACUUGCAGUUAAUAGUUUGUCAAGAGGUGAAAAGGCAAGGAGGAAAAAAAGCAAGAAAAUAAAUAGUAAGAAAAUGUUUAGCGCAUCUCUUUGUGACAUCUCUUUCUUUCAUAGAAGUACUUGAUUAAACUUAUGGUUUAUUUGCAUUCAAGGUUAUUGCUAUAUUCCUAUUGCUAUUUAUGUUUCUUCAUGUUGAAUAUGUAUUUACCAAAACACUGUAAAUUUAUUCCUUGCAUAACUCCUGUCUCAAGAUACAUGGUAUCAGUUUGACUUACACUGUUUCGAUGAUGGUUAUAUUGUGACAUCAAAUGCUGCUCUUGUUCUGGUAAACUUAGUUGGUUUGGGUAAUACCAUUCUUGGAGUCUUCCUUUGGAAUUUAACAACUUGUUUGAAAUUGCUGGCCACUGAGAGACUACUGAAAAUUAUAAAAAUAGUAAAAAUAGUAAUCUCUGCAAUAUUUAAUUGUUUUUGGAAAAUCAUAGAGCAGAUAUUAACUAGGCAAGUAACUUGUACAUUGUGUCCAUCUUUAUUUCAGUCUUGCUCGUUUUUGCACAAGUACCUGUAGGGUCCUUAGGGAAGAAUGAAGGGGUGUUUGUCCUUGAUCUGUAGUGUGUGAUGAUUUUGCACUGAAUAAUGUAUGCCUUAGAUCUGAUCUUGCAAUGAGAGCAUACUUAUCAAAAGAUCUUCUUAAUGCUGGCUUUUGUUUCCACAGGAAUUGGGAAAUUAAAACCACACUGAGUUGAUUGAUGAGGGGGAAGGGAGGAGGUUGGUAGAGUUAAAACUCCUAACACAAAAUUUCUGACUGUCAGGCAAUUGACAAAUAGCAGGAAAUGCUGUGAAGUCAAGUUUCUGCAUAACCUUCAUAAAUAGUUUAACCUCAGUUUUGCUUGUGUGGUCAUAACAAAAGUAUUCAGAAAUUCUAGCAUUGCGGUGGAUGAAGAGGGAGUAAUAAGCCUUUGAGGUUUUCAUCACUGUGAAAUACAAUAACAUUUAUUCUUCAAAACUUCAAUAAAUUUUAACUAAAUGGCUUUAUAUUUGAUACAGAAGUAGCUAAAAUGCCUAUUCAGAGCAUCUUCAGAAAUAUCACAGGGAACACUUCUGAGGUGGAAGUGGGAGGGACACAUCUUGCCAUGUAUUGCAAAUAAGAAAAAUGGUGCCAUAAACCAUGAAUGCCUUUGUGUAACAGGAUGUAUGAAAUAUAAAUCAUUAAAAUACAACAAAACCUUGAACAGUGGUGGUGUUUUGAAAAAGAAAAAGAAAUGAAAAAAAAAAAUGUGAUCCAGGGUUUUGCUUUCACAAAUCCUGUCUUUUAGGUGUUGGUACUAAAUUAUAUGCAGUCAAAAUGUACCUAAGAAUUCAGCAAUAGCUCUUCAUAUACACUUAUUUUUUUAACAGUUGGUUCUCUAUUUUCCCUCCUUUUUUCUACUAUGUCAUACUUGUUUAAAUAUAUAUAUAUAUUUCAAAAGAACUGUGGUUCUGAAAUACCUAAUGAACUAAUUUGCUUUAUUACAAGAAUAAUCUGAUACUGUUUUACAACAAACGUUCUUCCCUAUAGAUAAUGUUCUUAUGUGUCAGACUAAAUGCAUCAAUGGUCCAGUGAUUGAAGAUGUUGAAAAUAGCCACACAUGGUUCAUAAUCAGUUAACUAAAAUUUAAACAUAGUUAUUUCACUGAUAAUGGCUUUAUUGUUAUAUCCUGAAAUGAAGCGGUUAAGUGCACGUUUAUUUUACUCCUUCACAUAAAGCCUUUCCAAAGAGAACAUGCACUAGGAAAUGUUUGUGUUUCGAUCAGUAACCUGCAAUUAGUCUACUUGAUUAAAAGCAUUUAUUAAUUGAAACUGUAUAGAAGGUAAGCUUGUGUCAUAAAAUACUGUGUUCAGAGACAGUUGAAAACCAAGUGAAUGAUUAAUUCAUUAUAUAAAACAUAAUGUUUUGGUUAAAUGGAUUCUCUUGCAUUUAAAUUCUGACUCUGAUUGUGUUAAGCCAUCUCAGAUUAACAAUAGCACUAUAUUAACAGUUUAAAUAUAGCAAUCAAAUGCAGUAUGAUUUAGUUGUGGUGUACUUUAACAUAUUUAAAUUUCCUGUUAUUCAGUAGCUGUACAAACUUCAAACAAGAGUAUCCACAAUCACUGAAAAUUACUGUCUUUAACAAAACCAGUAAGCUUUUCCAAAUUUGAAAAGGAAAGAGGAGCACAUGAUAUUGAUCGAUUCAAGCAUUUUUCAGCUCAGACUAACUCUGUGACAGCAGUGGUCUGAUUUGAGUGCGCCAGACGGUUUACAGCAUCAUUUGAGAGUUUUGAAGUUUUUGAAUGGCCUUUUAAUACCGUUGAGACUUGUGUGCUGAUUGCUACUGUUGAACCUAUGGCAACCACUAAUAAAAAGAGCAGUUAUUGAGAACUAAGAAUAUAAUGGAAAAAACAAGUAAGAGACCAGUAACUACUGUCUUUUUAAGACAAAUUCAUCUCAGGAUGUGGCAUUGGGAGUGGGGAGUUGAAUGUGCCUUUAUUGACUCUCCUAAUUUUGUUACAGACUACUUGAAUAAGAGUCUUAGAUUGUGUGUUGUUUUGAGCUUAGCUGUGGGUCUUAAAUCUUUAAAGAAAUUCUUAUUUAAAAUAUUAAGGCCUUGAUUUUAAUAGACAUUAAUGAAACACUUCAGUUUACUGUUAGUUGUUCAACUUCUCUUUUCUUGGCUUUCAUGAUUUCGUUUCAUGAGCUGUCAUUGUUUUAACUUAUAAAAACACUUUUUGAGGUUUCCCAAAACUGUAAAGCUGGUUUUGUCAUAGGCUAAGUGAUGCUGCUGUUGCUUAAGAUAGGAUGUUCCUUACACCUGCUGAUGGUGCAACAUGGUCUUCAGCCUGAACUGAGCUCCUUUCUGAGGGAUUUAAACAGUGCUGCUAACAAUGGUAAAAAUCAUAAAGGUAUUUUUAAAAAGCAUGUAGAGAAUGUUUUGUUCAGGGCAGAUAGAUCUGUGCUUUCUUAAAAAAUGAAAAAAAAAAAAAAACAAAACCAAAAAUUGUGAGGAUGGAAAUGUUUUAAACAGAUAAAGCAAGGGUGAGAAAUGCACAUUUUUUUUCCCCCUUUGCAGAAAACACUUUUCUAUGUUUCAAAUGCAUAACUUCUCCUGACGCAAUUUCUUUACUAAGGAGCCCUGUCGAUGUGAUUUAAUUUUUGUCAAGCUGACCUAGAAAACAAUUUUGUUUAACUUCUUCCUCAUUUACUGCCUUGUGCUUUUAAGUAACAUCGAACUAAUCUGAAAUCUUUUCCUGCUAAAAAUUAUUUUGGCUGUUUUCAUUUGGUGUCUUUUUCUGAGCCAUAGGUGGAACCUGCAUAACUAUGAAGGUUGCCAUGCAUGCAAAGUGGAAACAGAUGCUUUGCUAGACCUAUUAAAUCCAUUACUUAGCAUCAGUUACCAACUGAAACUAGUGUAGCAUCAUAUUUCCAUCAGCCUUUUGCAGUAACUGUUUUGUAAACAGGACAUCUUUGGAACGUGUUCUCCCAAGCAUUAGAAAGUCCCCUCAUACUAAGAUGGAAUUGAUGCUUUAAAAAAACCCCAGCAUUAAAAUCUGAACCUUCAAAUAAGUAAGGACCAUUUACCAAAAUCUAUUCUAAACACACACCUCUUAAAGGAAGUAAGAGUUUCUCUGUAAAAACAAAAGCUGCUAGGAAGUAUCUUCUUUGAUGUUCAUCUUACAUAGUCAUAAACCAGACUAGCUCUCAACUAGUAAGCAGUAUGGCCACUAAAACACAGAAACAUCAACAUUGACCUAACUACCUGAUUAAUUUCUUCCUUGCAAAGGAUUGGUUGCAGUCCUGGUUCAGAAGUCCUUGCUGCAGACUGGGAAAAGUAGAAGGGACUUGCUUCCUUCCUGACUAAAAGCCUGAUCAUAAAUCAGCUGUCUAUAUUGACCUUAGUGGGGUUGUAUUUGUAUUAUCUAACCUGAGCAGUCCAUUUUAAAGUAAGGUCAGGUGUAUCUAUAUGAGUUUGCAAGUACAUUGAAACCAUACAUUCGUUUCAGAAAAAGAAGCUCAGACCAGCAGUGUUAAUUUCUGUGGGCUUCAUUUGCUUUAGUUAAGCAGCAGGUUAGCAUGGUGACAUUUGAGUUGUUCGUGAGCAGUGCCCUUCGAAUUCAGAGCUUUGCAUACACAAAUGAAAAGUUGGUAGAACUGUUGUUUAGCUAGUUUUUAGUAGAAGUCAAAUUACUGUCUGUAGAAAUUAGGUGGGGAAUUAGUACAUGUUCUCAAACGUAAAUAUAGUUUAAAUCCGGGUUUUGCAAAAUAAAUGACAAGAAUCAUUGCUUCUAUUCCAGUGACCUGUGCAGUGAGUAGUAAACAUGAUUUAUUUAGGUUUUCGUACCUCCUGGGUAACCUUAAUGAGAGGUUCAAGAUAAAUAAUGGGGACAGUCCUGUUAUGCCUUUGAAUAUCUGCCAGGCACUUAUAAUAACAAAUGUUGUAUUGGUUAAAACUGACCUCUAUUACAACUGAUAUAGAAGUGGGAAAGGCAAAGUUAAGAUUUGGGGGUUUUUUGCAAGCAUUGCAAAAAGCUUUGUCAGAUACAGAAAAAGCUUGGAAGAGAAUAUCCAUUCAGUGACUCUGGCCAUUCUUUUUGUUGUUCACUUUAAUGUUUGUUUCUGUAGCCCUCUAUAGUUUCUUCUUUUGAUUUCUUAGAUGCCAGUGCAUUAAAGGAAUAAAAGAAUGUAUUUGAUGUAUUUGGAAGGUAAGGAAAGAGUUUAUUUUGUAUCCUAAGCUGUACUUUUCUUUUAAAUCAUUUGAAAUGUAAAUUGAUGUUGAUAUUACAAAGUGUAAUUUAUUGUUUAAAAAUGUAGACACUUCCUGAAAUGAAUGUAUCAUUUUUCUUUUUUAUUUUUGUAGGAAUAAAGUAUUGGUUAAAUGUUUUCGGUAUAGUUUUCUUUGAGUUUGGAACUGUUUGGGACAAAAAUAUAGGCAUCAUUUUCUGCAUAUUGGUUAUAUGACUAAUGGUGAAAUAAAGCAUAUUUAGCUA